ACACAAAUGACAUUCGUGACAGUUGAACUGUGGUCGAACUGAAAAAUAAUAAAAAGGGUACUUACCUACUACAGGUCGACGUUAUCAGUGUUUCCUUUGCAAAAAUAAAAGUUUAUCGGCUCCCCAUAAUUGUUGUGUUCCAGGAACAGUUCAAAACGUGUUCCCAAUGGAUUGGUUGUCACCGAGCUCACAUCCCCAUUCAACUUUGUCACAGCUGGGACGAACAAAUCAUCUAACGGAAUUUGUGCCCAGAAUGAACAAUUCCACAAGCACAACAUCAAAUUCAGGUUUUUCUUGUAACUCAUAUGCACCGAUGACUCCCUCAGUUAUGUUUCAUUCUAUGCCUAAGAAGUUUGAUGACCAGGAAAAUAUACCAAAAGAAUCGGUAGCACCAUCUCCAGCCCACUCCAGUUCACCGAUCUCCCAUGAUAAACAAAUGUGUUCUACGAAUGGAACAGUGGUACUACCUGCAUAUCAAGAGAACGUCGGAGGAACUACGUACUUUUAUCAAUAUUCUACACCUCCAGAGAAUAAUGGGGAAACAAUACCGCCCGAACCAGUAAUGUCUACGGCAACUCCCGCCUCAAACGAAUAUGUACCCUUUCCGGGAAAAUCCGAAUCUUCAUUUUUUAUGUCCGAGGAACUGCGAAAUGACAUUCUGAAUCGCAACCUGUUAAGUCUGCUGCAACCGGAUCCUUCUCAAUAUCCUGAUCUUCCUCAAGAAGUUGACAGCUACCACGAGCUCUACCCUUUAGAGCCAAUUUCGAAUCAGGUAAACAUUUUAAAUGUUCUGCAUAAGGCGCACCUUGGAUACCAAGCCUCCAUGUACAAGGCAACGCACAUCAAAAAUGGGGUACAUUACUGCCUGAGGCGGAUUCAUGGGUUCCGACUGCAAAACACCAAGUUUAUUUCAUUAGUCGAUUUGUGGAAGAAACUCGAUCAUUCCAACAUAGUACAACUGAGAGAAGUGUUCACGACAAAAGCUUUUGGAGAUAAUUCCAUGGUUUUUGUAUAUAGCUACCACCCUGGAUCUGAAACCCUGCUAAACAAGCAUUUUUCGAUCGACCAACCCGGCUAUCAUGACCCCUUUUCAAACGACAAAUCUACCCCGAUGCCCUACAGUUACCAGAAGACCAAUCUGCUGCGGCAUCAGCAAAACAACAAGCUUCCCGAACCGCUAAUUUGGAACUACAUUAUUCAGCUGACAUCAGCGUUGCGCGUUAUCCAUUCAAACGCUUUGGCAUGCCGCAGUCUUGACCCGACCAAAAUAAUUCUGACUUCAAAGAACAGGUUGCGUCUCAGCUGCUUAGCUGUGAUGGACGUAGUACUGCAUGACAGCAACUCCUCUCUGAAUCAUUUGGCUCUGAUUCAUCACUACCAACAGGAAGAUCUCACCGCUCUGGGAAAAUUGGUUUUGGCUUUAGCGUGUAAAUCAACAGUGGCUGUGCAACGUGACAAUAUUUCAACAGCCCUCGAUAUUGUAAGUCGCACUUACACAAUCGAUUUGCGAAACUUGAUCAUGUACUUGCUGACCAAUCAACGUCGAAGUGUGACGGACUUGAUGCCGAUGAUAGGUGCAAGGUUUUACACACAGCUGGAUAACCUACACAGCCAUGUAGAGACGCUGGAGUCUGAAAUGUGCAAAGAAGUACAAAACGGACGCCUUUUCAGAUUGAUGACUAAAUUGGCCGCCAUCAACGAACGACCGGAUUUUAAUAUGGAGAGCACGUGGUCGGAAACAGGAGAUAGGUACAUGCUAAAACUGUUCAGAGACUAUGUGUUUCACCAAGUAACUGAAGAAGGACAACCCUGGAUAGACAUGGCACACAUCGUGCAGUGUUUGAAUAAGUUGGACGUCGGCGCUCCUGAGAAAAUCUGCCUCAUGUCUCGAGACGAGCAGAGUAUCUUGGUGGUGUCUUACGCAGAAUUGAGACACUGCUUGGACCAGUCUUUCCAGGAACUAUCCAACAGCUCGGUUUUGCAGCACGAAUUGUCGGUUGAGGACAAGAUCUAAUGGAUCGUGAUCGAGUAACAACUUUAAGGUGAUAUUUUUGGUUUUUUUUGUGUAGAUAUUUGCGACUAUGGCUAUACAAUGAUGAUAUAUGAGCUAAAGUUUCCGUUCCGAAAAUUGUCCCUUUAUUACAGUGCUUCUAACAAAUGUUCUAAUUAUAAAUGCGGCGUAGUCUUUUGGGAUACAAGUUUCUAAUGGGUUUCAACAGAAUUAUUUAUGUUCUUGGUAAAUAGUUUUUAUCUAAGGUCCUAGUAGAUUUUGAUUUGAGUAAGAAUAGCAAUUAUCAAAUAGUACAAAUAAUUUAAACAGUAGUACGACCUUCGAUGUUCCCAAAAGAGUUAAUAAUUGUAGGCCAUCAGGAAUAAGGCAAUUAAGUAAUAAUAAUCGCCGCUAUUUUCAUUUUAUCGUACAAUUCAGUUCAAAGGGAAAUUUUGGAAUUACCGUUUUGAAGUCGCACGUAUUUACUCAAUAGUAAAAACGAAUGAUAUGAUUCCAUUUGUCUAGACAUCAACAAGUCUUCGCUACCGAUAAGCUCGUGAUGUUUAACCUGUGUUGUCUUUUCAAUAGCUUAGUGGAAACACUUAUAUUUACGUUAUUUUUAAAUUAUUGAAUAGCUUUCUUUUCAUAAUUUAUAGGCAUUUCCUUCGUAAAAAUAAGAAAUAUAUUUUGAACAACACAA